UCAUGUUGGUCACCGUGGGGAGGGCAGGGAGGAGGAGGAGGAGGAGGAGGAGGAGGAGGAUGAAGAGGAGGAGGAGGAUGGAGGCCGGCAUGAACGUCCUGCACGACGCGGGCAUCCAGGCCACGCGCUGGCUGCAGGAGCACUUCCAGGGCUCUCAGGACUGGUUCCUCUUCAUCUCCUUCGCUGCCGACCUCAGGAACACUUUUUUUGUCCUUUUUCCUCUCUGGUUCCAUUUCUGUGAGCCGGUGGGCAUCCGGCUCAUCUGGGUGGCCGUGAUCGGGGACUGGCUCAACCUCGUCUUCAAGUGGAUCCUGUUUGGGGAGAGACCGUACUGGUGGGUGCACGAGACGGACUACUACGGCAACGCCUCCGCCCCAGCCAUCCAGCAGUUCCCACUCACCUGCGAGACCGGCCCAGGGAGCCCCUCUGGCCACGCCAUGGGCGCAGCAGGCGUGUACUACGUGAUGGUGACCGCCCUGCUCUCCAUCGCGUCGGGCAAGAGGCAGUCGAAGACGCUGAAGUACUGGGUUUUGUGGACGGUGCUUUGGACGGGCUUCUGGGCCGUUCAGAUCUGCGUCUGUCUGUCCCGAGUCUUCAUCGCUGCCCACUUCCCCCACCAGGUCAUCGCGGGGGUCUUCUCCGGCAUGGUGGUGGCCGAGACCUUCCAGCACGUCCGCUCCAUCUACCACGCCAGCCUCCGCAGGUACCUGGGUGUCACCUCCUUCCUCUUCGGCUUCGCCCUGGGCUUCUACCUGCUGCUGCGGGCGCUCGGCGUGGACUUGCUCUGGACCCUGGAGAAGGCUCAGAGGUGGUGCACCCACCCCGAGUGGGUCCACAUCGACACCACCCCUUUCGCCAGCCUCCUCCGCAACCUGGGCAUCCUCUUCGGGUUGGGGCUGGCCCUCAACUCCCACAUGUACCUGGAGAGCUGCCGGGGGAAGCAGGGCCGGCAGCUGCCCUUCCGCCUGGGCUGUGUCGCCGCCUCGCUGCUCGUCCUGCACCUCUUUGACGCCUUCAGGCCGCCCUCGCACCUGCAGCUGCUCUUCUACGUCCUCUCCUUCUGCAAGAGUGCGGCCGUGCCCCUGGCCACCGUCGGCCUCAUCCCCUACUGCGUCUCCCAGCUCCUGGCCACACAGGACAAGAAGGGCGUCUAGGGGGGGGGGGCUGUGGCACGGGUGUCCCCGCAGGUAACGGCGCGGCCGCCCCGGCUGCGGGCUGGGGGCACGGAGCGGACCGUGGGACCGUGGGGUCUGUGCUGGUUUCUCUCCCCGUUACGGCCGCGUGGACCGAUUCCACCGCCGGUGCUGGAUGUGCCAUGGGUGCUGGUGGCACGAGGGACAGGGGUGGCACCGCCGGGAGCAGGGUGCUGCGCGCCCAUGGGUGCUCAGGGUCUGCUGGCGAGGCGGCUCUGUCACGGGAACAGGCGGGCUGUGGGGGGGGGAGCAGGAUUUGGAGACAAAUACGGGCUUGUGGGAGCCCCCAGGCCCGUAGCCCAUCAGCCCGUGGGCCCCGGUGUUCGGUAUUCGCUGCUGCGUGAAGCAGCGUGGGGUUUAGGGGUGUGUGUGUGUGUGCACGUAUACAGAGGGGAAACAAGGGUGUUUUAUUAAAGCUGGAGGUGUAUUUA